UACAUGUGUCGAAUCACGAAAAAUGUUUAUCGCCAGUUCACAAGAAGUCCGACUAAUUUGUUGCAAACAAUGAUACCACAAAAUUAUAUUUCACUAAAAAAUGACAAGAACAUCGUGUUCUACAUUAUUCUAGGUAAAAUAAUAAUUGUUUACAUGUAAUUUCAAAAUUUACUUCAAUAUUUCGAGCCAUUCGUUACCGAUGAGCUCUUGACAACUUCAUCACACGAUCAGUGAAUGGGUUGACAUAAACAGACGGCAAACCUAAUGUUAUGUAAAAAAUGUAUUAUUUAUUUAAAUGUUGAUAAUCUGGGGAAAGAUUUACUUGAAUGCAAUGCCAGUAAGUAACACUGACACAAUAGUCGACCUUAUACUUGAGAAAUAGUUAUGUAAUAAAUAUUUGUGGUUUGGGCCCUAGGCCUAUAGAUCUAUAUUGACUAAGCAUGUCUGUCUCUAUGGCUGCCUGAAAAAAAAUGUAAAUAUUAUUUUGAUUAAAGAAUACUACCGGUUAAUGAAAUGUUAUGGUUAUGGUCGUUUUGCUAUCCUGCAAGUCAGGUUUAUUUUCAGCAAUCCUUGUACUGAAAAUGUUCAUACAUUAAGGUAAUAUACAGGUAACUUCUACCUUAUGUAUGCUACUUUUAACAUUUUAUGGCCAUAGAUUUUGUAAUAAUGGUUAUAUACAUAUAUGUUUUUUUACAGCUUCACUAUUUUGAAUAAUAGAAACUUAAUAACAUUGUUAAAUAUGUUUAUUGAUGUUAAUUUUUUUUGUUUCAGAUUGGUCGCAAUAUUAUUUUGUAUGCUCUAACCACUUCAAGCAAUGUGAAAUUAAAAGAGGUCUGGGAGGGCACAAAAAGAGGCUUGUUCCAGGAGCUGUUCCAUGUAUUUUUAGAUGGAACAGUGCCAACAAGAGUAAACCAACCAACAAGGUCCAGGACAGAAGGUUGGAUAGCAUGGACUGUGUACCAACAAUGCCUACACCAGCUGACACUGCAGAUCUGGCUUCGACUACGGCCAGUGACCCGACCCAAACGUCUACUCCCCACCUAACAGCAGAUCAUGAUUACCAUGAGAAACAACAUGCCACAACUGAAGAAAAAUUAGCUUCUGCACAUGCAGAGAUAAAACGCUUACAAAAUUGUGUAAAUGUUCAGUCUGCAAAAUUAUUUUCUAUAAGGCGUUUCGCUACCAAUCCUAUGGACAUCAAUUUUUAUACAGGUUUUGCUGAUUUCAAUGAGCUAGAUCAUUUUUUUCAGUGGCUCUAUCCUACUGCUUCAAAGAUGCAAACCUGGACACAGUUUCAGAGAGGCACUGAUGUUGACAAACUACACUGUGGAUUUCCAUGUUCUUUGUCAUUGUUUGACCAAUUAUUUGUGUUUCUCAUUAGAGUAAGACAAGGUUACCCUGAAACACACUUGGCACAUCUGUUUAAUGUCAUUAUUUCAACUAUUUGUAGAAUAACUAUUACAUGGGCCAAUUAUCUGUAUUUUUUGCUUGGAUGUGUAUGCAUUUGGCCCUCUAGAGAAAUGAUAAAUGAAAGAAUGCCACCAGAAUUUAAAUGUUCUUAUCCUGCAACACGGGUUAUUGUUGACUGUACUGAAUUGAAAUUUCAAACGCCAACCUCUAGGGUUGUCAAUUCAGAAAUGUUUUCGCAUUAUAAAACCCACACCACUAUGAAAGCAUUGAUUGGUAUUGCUCCCCAUGGGCCAAUUACUUUUAUCAGUUCCCUUUAUGAAGGAUGUAUUUCUGAUAAGGAAAUAACCAAACAGAGUGGUCUCUUGUCAUUGUUAGAGGUAGGCGAUGGAGUUAUGGCUGACAAAGGGUUUUUGAUUGAUGAUCUUCUUCACUCUACUGGUGCUCACUUGAUUAUCCCCCCCUUCCUCUCAAAAUCAAAUGAUUAUCAGUUUACUAGAAAGGAUGUAGAAAACACACAGGAAAUAUCCAGACUACGUAUACAUGUGGAGAGAGCUAUCAGAAGAGUGAAGGAAUACCAUAUUUUUGAUGGCAUAAUUCCAUUAACCAUUGUAGGAUCUGUAAAUCAAAUUUGGACUGUUUGCUGUCUAUUAUCAAAUUUCAGGGGUGAUGCAAAGAGAAAACUUAUGAAACAUAACAUGGCUAAUGACUUUGGACCAUUACUUGAACCAUGUCAUCAUGGUGUGUCAUCUUGAUAAAUACUCAUUAAACAGAAAUGUGAUAAUUGUUUACUGGUACAUUACUUCAAUAUGGUAUAUUAUGCAAUCAGUUUUGCAAGUUCUUGUGUCAUAGUUGAAUGGCAUGGUAAUGGGAGAGUGGAAACAUCUUUAUUUCCUUGUAUUACUAAUACAUUCAUGCUGAAACAGUGCAACUAAAGUUUUCAAAACUGAAGUAUGUCAAUACCAUAACAAUUUGAUCAUUCAUGAAUAUGUGUGUACAUAUCUUACCAUGGUUACAUGUCUAACACAUCAAUUGUCAAUGUCUCAUGUCAGAGAAGUAAAGAAAUUCAUCCUUCAUGAAACACAUGAAUUACAAUGUCACUUGGCUGAUGUAUGAAUCACAUCAUUACCCGAUUACUAAUGUAAAACUUCAUUACCCAUAAAAAUAGACAUUUACGGGUUGAUAUGUCAGUAGUCUGUCUGGUUUCCAACCGUACAAGCUACUUGUCAAAUUACUUUCCAUUCAUUACAUCAGUCAACUUGCCCCUUACUGAUAAUAUUGUUUAGAUUUUACCAAGGAUGUAAUUUAUGAAAUAGUUGAAGUAAAACAGAUCCAACCUGGUUUUCAUUUCAUUGCAAAAUUCUUCAUUGAAAUAUAUUCUCUCCAAGUGGUAAUCAUCUUUGCACCAAACAAAGAAAUCGACCUACCUGGCCCCAGAGAGUAACAUUUGCCCCAUUACUUGAUGAUAAUGCUGGAAUGUUUCUUUGAGCUUGUAUGUACCUUGAGAUGUUAACUUAAGGUAGUUGAUAUUUGAUAUGGAUUGUGCAGUGGAACAUUUGAUUUCUAGCAAACCCCAAGGGUCACUCUCAGACGGGUCAUAUACCCGCCUGUCUGGUGAAGUGGCUAGAUAUGGACAUGUAUGGUUAAUGACAAUUCCACAAGCAUGGACAUUAAGCUUCUGCAGCCUUGAAUAUGCCUCAGCAGCAGAGUCCUCAUUCUCCAUGCCAUACUUCAUAGCCUCAGUUUGUCUUUUGGAUUUCAGUAGAGAGUCACACAAAUGUUCAAAAUUAUCUUGUCUGGUAUGCACAAAUUUAAAGUUACUUGAAGAUAGGCGAUGUGCCUUAAGUUCCAACCACUUCUUUUGCUCACAUUGAUCUUGUGUUUCCUGCUCGUAUAAAGCACUCUGUGUUGAUGAAACUGACAGUCCAUCGAGAAAUGUUUGUUGGUUUGAUGUAAGUGGGCCAUUUAGUUUGCUUUUAAUAUCAGGCGUUACAAAAGGUGGGGGAAAGGGGUGUGAAUGGUUUAUGAUAUGACUUUUGUUUAUGUUUGAUAUAUGAGGCUGUUGAAGUGAAAUGGUUGAACCUUUGGGAACUUGACCAAACGCAGAAAGUACAAGAACUAUAUCAUUCAUAUUCGGAAUGAUUGAUGAGAACUGAUUAGCCUUAGGAUUUUGUCCACAAAUGUUUUUUAGAGUGGAAGAAAAUUCAUUAUGGUUGAUGUCUUUGGGCAAGGGAUUGUAUAGAGUAGACCUCAAACCAUCAAGGCAUCUCUUUUUUAAAGGGACAGGUUUCGCAUUGGAAGAUGAUGAGUGAGUAAGUGUAGGAGAAGCAGAGGAAGUGUUAGUAGAGGCAGCAGAUGUAGUUGAGGCAGCAGAUGUAGUAGAGGCAGCAGAUGAAGUAGGGGCAGUAGAAGAGGUAGUAUCUGUUGAUGACUUAGAUGUAACAGAUCCACUGGCAGGUGUUUUUAUUUUUUGAACAGUGAUUUGGUCUACCUUUUUGGCAAAAAGGCCUUUACUUCUUUGUGGAACGUGCCAUGUCUGUGGCAGCGAUGUUUUUGACAAUGCAGGUGGCACUGUUUUUAAGUCAAGGGAUUGAUAGUGUUGUAACAAAUACAGUAAACCAAUCACGUGAUUACAUUUGCCCUGGCCAGAUUCACAAUUACAUGAAGUCUGCUCAAUGAGAGUUGAAUCGGUUGUAUUGAUCCAGAUCUGAAAAAUAUCACUGGUAGUCUAUUGUUAUUAUUGUUUUAUGUGGUAAUAUCUGCUCAGUGUAAUAGCACUUUUUUCUUAUGAGGAUUAAUUGGCCUUGUCCAAUUAUAACCAUGACUUGAAAAUAAUUAUGCAGGGAACCCAGUUAUCUUUUCUAAGCCUUGAGCAUACUAAAGGUUUCUUCACUAAAUUGAUUGUUCUUCAGACUAUUGAUUCAAGGUGUGGGUUUUCAAUAAAUGAGAAUUUUAAUUAUCUUUCCAUCAAAAAGUACUUUAUUUUCACAGCCACAAUUGUUUUAAAUGUAUCUUAACGAGAAAAUAUGAAACAAUUUAUUGAGUACAAAAACACAAUUUCCUUUUGGUUUUAUUCACCUUCAUGUGAUAAGGGGUUUCAUUCUUUUUUAUUGACUUGAAGUUUCGAGCUCUGCAAACUGCUCCAUCAGGUUGAGGAGAUACUAUAAUCAUAAAAGUAAUUGAAUAUCCUGCCUGUUAUAAUCAUGAUAAUAUCAAUGUAUAUAAUUGAUUUAGAACAGGUCUGUAAAAUAAACCCUUGUAUACAGUUUA